AUGCCAUCAACACUCCGCAACAUCGUUUCGCUGCUUCCCCUCGUCCAGCUCGCUGCUGCUCAGACAGGAGCCUUCAACAUCGUCACAUUCAACGUUGCCGGUCUGCCGCCGAUCCUCAACGGCAACGACAUCCCUGGAGACAAGGAUACCAACACGGCACGUAUCGGUCAGCUGUUGACACAGUACGGCAUCGACCUCGUCCACGUACAGGAGGACUUCAACUUCCAUGCCACACUGUACGCCAACGACAAGCAUCCGCACAGGACUCCGACAAGUGGAGGUGUGCCCUUCGGCAGCGGAUUGAACACGUUGAGCAACUUCCCAUAUACCGACUUUGAGAGGAUCAAGUGGGACGAAUGCAGCAACAAUGAGAGCCAGGACUGCCUGACGCCGAAAGGCUUCACAGCCAUGCGAGUCAAGUUUGCUGACGGCGUCUGGGUCGAUGCUUACAACCUGCACGCAGAUGCUGGCACCUCUGCGGCGGAUCUGAAGGCCAGGGCUUCCAACCUGCGCCAGGUAUCCGACUACAUCAAGACCAACUCGGCGGGCAACCCCGUCCUCGUGUUUGGUGAUUCAAACACUCGCUACACCCGCGCUGGCGAUACCCCAGGCAUCUUUGGCACCGAGAACGGCAUGAAGGAUCCGUGGAUCGAACUCGUCAUGAAGACGGCCCCAGCCGCUGGCAAGGAUGCUCUGCUCUGCGACAACCCGUCGCCCAACAACACGUGCGAGAUUGUCGACAAGGUGUGGUACCGCGGCUCGUCUGCGGUCAGCCUGCAGGCCACGACGUUCGAGUACGCAGGCGACAUGUUCCUACAGACGGACGGCAACGUCCUCAGCGACCACGACCCCGUGCUCGUCGACUUCACGUGGUCGCUGCAGGGCAAGCUGCAGGUCGGCGACGCGUUCGGCGGCGAGUUCGGGACGUGGUUCAACGACCUGGACGCGGUGAGCAAAGCAUCGGAUGGCAAGGUGGCCUCGGUGACGCUGCGCGGUGCGGAACGCGUCGACGCCAUCAGCAUGAGCCUAGGAUCCGGCGAGACGCUGACGCACGGCGGCACGGGCGGGACGGCGUCGACGCUGACGCUGAACGCGGGCGAGACGCUGACGGGCGCGACACUGUGCCAGGGCACCAAGAGCGGCAAGGUGCGCAUCUUCUACGCGCAGCUGCGGACCAGCGCGGGCCGCAACGUGAGCACGGGCACCAAGACGAGCGACUGCGUCGACAAGACUGCUGCGAGCGGACAGAGCUUCGUUGGCUUCCUGGGUCGUGCGGGCGACGAGCUGGACAAGCUGGGCUUCAUCAGCACCAAGGCGUGA